UCAAGUAUAAAAAUCCCCAGUAGCGAAUAGCUAAAUUCAGUUGACUUGAAUUUCUUUUAUUAAGAUGUUAGUUGAAGACCCCCCUCAAGGGGCCCUAGUAUAGCAUUUCAUCUCCUAGAUACCAAACUGGCUUUCUUUAUCGUGACAAGAGAGAUGAACCGGGGAAACACUGUCAUAAUCUCAAAAGGAAAUAGGUGACAUUAUAGAAUGAUUUUCAAGUAAAGUAACCUUAUCUGAAUCAAACACUGAGCAUCUGGCUUAUUUUUAAAGUUCUGACCUGUAAGUUCUACCUUACUCGACUAUUAUACAGACUGUAAUAUGGAUGCCCUAGUCAGCCACACUGCUAUCUAUCACAUCUGUCUUGACUUUGGUGCCAUUUUGCUGCUGGACAGGCAAGUUUUCACAGCUCCGUCCUUGCUCUUCACCCUGGUAUCUCUUAGCACAAUCAGGCCUGCUGUUGUUGCCAAGGAGCCACAUAGCACAUGUGAACAAAUAUACAUCCUUCGAGGAGUUCAAGAUGCAAGAGCAGUUGCGGGGAGACUGUUCUCUUAUCCCAUAUCACCAUUUGCUUUUCAAGGGAAAAUAACUCACUACAAGGUUACUCUGGCUAGUGGUUCGGCUUUGCCAAAAUGGCUGGAAUAUAAUCCGAACACAAAUACUCUUCAAGGGCUGCCAAUGGUGGAGGAGAGUGGAGAAUACCGUCUAACUGUCAUUGCAUAUGGAGAGGCAUGUGGCUGGAAAACACCAACAGCAGGUGCAAAUUUUGCACUUCAUGUUCACAACAGUGUUUUUGUCCAUGAAAAGGAAGUGGGCCCAAACCAAAACUAUGACAUGGUUUUCAGUAUCUGUUCUGGAGCACUGUGUGAAACAGGAGUGUCGGUCAUCUUUGCUGAGAUCAUAAUCCAUGCAAAUACUUCUUUAGAAAUUCAGAAGCGACUGUCUCUCAUUUGUACCAUGGCAGAAUAUCUGCAUUUGGAUCCUUUCUCAUUGAUACUUACUCCAUUCAAAAGUGUAUUUAAUAAACAUUUUUGGAAUGUAACCAUAUUAGCUGAAGACAUUAGAUACCUCAACACUACGAAAAACCAUUAUGUAGGACUCUGCUGGCUAGUUGGGACUGGAGAGUUUGCUAUGCUCUAUGAAUUAGUACAAGUUCUACAACACAAUGUGGAGUCAAACCAUCUCUCACAACUGCUGGGAUAUGAAAUUGCUGGCUGGAGAAUACUUAAGAAAGAAGGCAAUGAAAAAAAGCAUUCAAGAGAGCGGCAGAGGAGGCAAUUAAUGGCCACCCCAGGACUUGUACUGAAACCAACCAAAAUGGAGACUUUAACCAUUUUGUCAGCCACUCUGCUACACACACAGUCUGUUAUAAGACCUAGUGAGAGUUCAUCACCUUUGUAUGAAGCCACCAAAACACCUAUUGCCACUUAUAAGGAUGCUUUUUUUCAGUCUGUAAUAAGCCAAAAGGAUUUGGGGCCCAUGGACAUGCAAAUAUUACUGAAUGUUCAGAGAAAAACAACAGCAUCUACCAUUUUUCAGUAUCUCUCUUCUGAACUUUCACCUUCUCUGAUGUCAGCAUCAACAGAAUUUGAGGGUAAAGUGUCUUCCAGAACACCACCAAUAUCAGAGCAAUUACAUUCUCAAGUGCCACAACAAGAUGUGUAUUCAAUACCUAAGAAAUCCAAGCCAAAGCAUUGUUCCACACUAUAUCACUUAGGCUUUUCCAUGCUAAUCAGCAAAACCCACAUGAACACUUCUGCUUUACUAGGGGUAACUCCUUCUAGAAGAGCAUCUCUAGCACCCUUGUCAGGAGAAAUAACAAGAAGUCUAGAUUAUAGUGACCCAUAUGCACAGCUAACAGCAUCUGGAUUAGUAUCUGAAGACACCAUUCAUAUUGCAAAACUUCCUCUGCCAUCCAUGUCAACAUUGAUGAAUCUAAGAGCAACAUCUAGAUUGCCAUUUUCCAGCGUUGUAAUUUCUUUGCUUUCAACAGAUGGUAGCUCUCAGAACCAAGACCUACUCAGCAACUACAAACAUGCCUCAGAGACAUUUAUGUCUUCACCAUGUACCACUAUGCAGAUGGAAGUACCUAGCUGGAAUACAGGUUUCAACUUGAUUGGCAUUACAUCAACACUUGAUUCUCCAGCUAUAAGCAGUGCUUCUGCCCAAAUGCUUGGAUUGCUUACUGACACAAGGCCAUCAUGUCAGCUGUAUUACAGUGACAAUCCUUCAGCCUUGGCAAUGUAUAGCAUUCAGCAGUUCAGUAUAUCCUUGUUUGCCCAUUUGUUAGAAUUUGGAUUCUUAUCUAGAACAAACAACAUCCCAUCACUGUUUUCCUCCCUGUCAUUAUCAACACCAGAAGAAUUGCAAAUAUCAUUUGGACUUAGUAACAUAUUACCCAUGGAAGAAUUAUUGUCUGAAACGAAAAAGGUUAACCCAGAGGUAAUUAAGACACACACUCACACAUCAGAGUCUUUUAUGACUGUUCUAGAGACAGACAGACUUUUAUUUACAAAAAACAAAGUAUCAGCUCUUACUACAACCCACAUGAACACUCUCCUAUGGAAAAAACAAUCACAUUUAAUUUUUGUUGCAUCAUCCAGUACUUCCAUUUCAAGUAGCAGGUUCCUUCUUGAAGAUGGCCUGUCUUAUGGAAUGAGUCAGACAUCUGAGUGGUAUUCUUAUGAUGCUUUGCUGCUUACCCACCCUACAGAAUUUGCUGGCACCCCCAUGUUAUUAUUCACUACUGAUGAAUUUAGCUCUUAUGACAGCAGUGUUAUUAGAACUCACAUGGCAUACCCUGAUGCUUUACAACUAGACACAAGUAAUUUAAGCUUGGAUAGCUCAUUUGUAACCAAAAUCAACUUCCAGAUUACCAUGGAGUCUACUUUAGAACUGAUGGAUGAGUCAAUUAUUACUUCCAAUAAAAAUAUAGCCAAACAAAGUGGAUUCUCUGUUGCUACUUUGUACCACGGGUUACAAGAUAAACACAUCUUGACCUUUACCUCAUAUGAGUCUCCACAUGGUACAGGAGCAAUACGGACACCAUUAUAUCCUGUUUCACAGAUCAUGCCGAUAGGUCAGACAAACAACUCCCCAAGAGUUGUUAAUGCCAUUAAGUGGAUAACAGCAACAAUUGGACACAAGUUCUCCUUUUCAGUACCUCCAGAUACAUUUUAUGAUGAGGAGGAUGGAAAUACAACCCAGUUGAUCCUUGGAAUAAACCCAAUUGAUGGUUCGCCAAAAGGUUCAGAAAGUUGGUUACAGUUUAAUUCAUGUUAUCAAACUAUGGAUGGCUAUCCACUUGAUAAUGAUUUUCAGUAUUCACCUCAGGAAUUUUUACUCUUUGCCACUGAUUCAGGAGGGCUGAGGACAUCCAAUAUCCUCACAAUAGAAAUACUCAGGCCAACCAGUAUCCCUUGUCAUAUUUAUACCAUAAGGACAAAAAAUAGUUACCAUUCCUUUUUGAGAGACAGGAAAAGAGUUAACUUGUUUUUUGAGAAGCUUUCUAAGUAUUUGAAUGCUGGCUGUCCUGGCAACUUGACACUACUUCAUCUCAAACCUGGGUCCACUGUGAUCACUUGGUACCACAAUUCUUUUUGCACAAGGACCAACUGGUGUGCAAAGGAAGAAAUACAGGUGGUGCUGAGGAAACUAGGGGUGCCUGGUGGAAAUAUAAAUCCACAUUUUGUUGAGGCAAUGUUGCCUGCCUACAAAAUUGAUCGAAUUGAGGAGGUUGCAUAUGGUGGAAAUUGCUCACCAAUCAUUAAAGCACUGAACGAAUCCUUAACAUCAAACAGGACCUUCAUUACACUUAUGGAUAGGCAUUCCUGGAUGAGAAACAUUUUCUCUGCUUUGUUAAUAGGCAUAUGUACUACAAUUAUAGUGGUUCUGAUAGUUGCCUUCUACUACUGUAAACAUCGCAAGAUAUUCUUUAGAGCACAAUGUACUUCUCAUGGAAAAAACUUCUUUAGCUAUUUGGAAAUGGAUAUGCUCAAAUCGCGGAAGUCACCAAUAGUUAAACAAGAUGUUCCACCAUCAGCUCAUUUAUGGUUGCCUGUGCCAACACCUUCCUAUGAGCACCUCUGCAGACCGAAUAGAAAUCCUGUUGCCUCAGAUCUACCUCCACCACCAAUAUAUAGACUACCACCAUGUUAUGGAAUGGAAGAACCUAGUCAGACUCACCAGGAUGUUAGUCAUAGAAGAUAUUAUCCCAAAGCUAGACUUCACUAAGAAGGGAAUUCAAGAAGGGGUAUAAUAUUUUAAUUCCUGUAUGGGAAUAAAAAGGAUAUUGGCUUUAAAAAAGUUGCCAACAGGCAUAAUCAGGA